AACAAACCCUCUGUCUCUCUCUACAUAUCUUUCUGCUCUCAAUCCUUGUUGUCUGAAUCUGGUACUACUAACUAUGUCGGAGAGACCAAACCGUCACCAGAGAAGACAUUCUCAGAGCGUUUUGCCGAUCUCCCUAGAGGAUCUCGACAUAUCUAUCACAGCAAAUCCUCCAUCAUCCAUCCAUUCUCAGCCGCCACGCCAUCAGAUCCCUCUGCCGUCUCCUACUGCUCCUCCGGCAAACCGUGGGAACGAUAAUGACAAGGCUAGCAAGGAAGGGAACGCCUCUUCUAGUUGAUUUCGUAUUUUCAUGUGCUUUUUUUUUUAAUUUAAGUGUAAGGCUUGUUAUCAUCGCAUAAGCCUCUUGUAUGUCUUCUUAUUAAUGUCGCUUGAUAAUCAGAUUUUAUGUUUUGUAAAAUUGCUUAUAUGAUAAUGAAUCAAUCGUAGUUCCUA